CCGGAAGUGUUGUCCUCCGGGCCGGAGGAGAUCCGCAGGAGUUUGAACAAGUUUCUUCUCUGUUGCGUUGGCAGUUUGACUGUGAAGAUGCUUCCCGGAGCGCUGGCCGUGUUGCUGACUUUAUUCAGCCUCACUGAGAGCAAAGAGAAAGACUUUUAUACUUUCAAAGUAGUGAACAGCAGGGGGAAGUUAGUGUCCCUGGAAAAGUACCGGGGCUCGGUGUCCCUAGUGGUGAAUGUAGCCAGUGAAUGUGGCUUCACUGAGGAACACUACAAAGACCUGCAGCAGCUCCAGCGGGACUUUGGGCCGUAUCACUUCAACGUGCUGGCCUUCCCCUGCAACCAGUUUGGGCAGCAAGAGCCCGGCAGCGACAAGGAGAUUGACAGCUUUGUGCGCAGAGUCUACGGAGUCUCCUUCCCCCUGUUCAGUAAAAUUGCAGUCGUCGGAACUGGAGCAAACAAUGUCUACAAGUACCUUGUUGGUGAGUGAGA